GUCUCUAUUUUUCUCUUUCUCAGUGCUCACUCGUUCACUCUCAGUGCAGCAGUGGACACUCAGCUGCACGGACAGCAGCUUCUCUUUUUCCCCCUACACUUUUGUGUGUUUUAUACUGAAUUAUUUUUCUCUGAGUUUCUGAUCUGUGCAGCCACGCUGUAGGAAAUGGACCCCAAAACCUUCCAGAGCUACAUGCAGGACAGGAUGCAGAGGGCAAAGGAGAUGAAGGAGGAGGAGAAGCUGUACAGAUACAAUGGGGUGCUGUACCCGCGCCUCAUGUGCCAUGAGGAUAAUUUAAAGGCUCUGAAGGACAUCAACGCGAGGGAGGAUGACAUCAUGCUGGUGGCUUAUCCCAAAUGUGGUUUUAACUGGAUGGUGGGGGUGGUGAGGAAAAUCAUGGCAGCAGUCGCAGGCCCGCCUCAAAUACAAUCCAAGAUGCCGCCGUUGAUCGAGUUUUUUGGACCGGACGUUGUGAAGAUCCUGGAAGAGACUCCUUCUCCGAGGUUUCUGGGGACUCACAUGCCUCCUGACAACAUACCUGCUUCCUUCUACGCAAAGAAAACUAAAAUGCUGGUGAUCUUCAGGAACCCCAAAGACACUUUGGUCUCCUACUAUCAUUUCUGCAACAACAACCAGGUCCUCCCAGCCGUGUCCUGGGAGUCCUUCUUCUCCAGCUUCAUGAGUGGAGACAUUCCCUGGGGGUCUUACUUCGAUCACGCUGUGGCCUGGGAGAAGAAGAUGGACGACCCCAACGUCAUGAUUGUCACCUAUGAAGACUUAAAACAGAACCUGACCGAGGGCGUCCGUCAGAUCUCCACCUUCUUUGGCUUCAGCCUGACGGAGGCUCAGGUGCAGCAGAUCUCAGAAGGUAGCACCUUCAAUGCCAUGAAGGAGAGCUCCGGCAAAUCCCUUGGUAAAAUGGGAGACGUCAUCUACAGAAAAGGCGAGGUCGGGGACUGGAAGAACCACUUCACACCAGAACAGAGCCAAGAGAUGGAUGAUGCCUUCAACAAACACCUGGCGGGAACCAGGCUGGGAGCCAAACUCAAUUACCAACUGUACUGUCAGUAAGAGAGGAGGAGAGGGAGGCACUGCACAGAUUCAUCUGCAGCUGCUUGGUAGAGGAGGUGUCAAAAGUUUCUUUGUCACAGGCUCAAGAAGAAGGGAGAAACUGAGGAAAGAGAGGGAACCAGGAGGGAACAAGUGCAUUAUGGGUUAUUGUGUUAUUUACUCCAACCUGUGAACUUUUGCUGCUGUACGAAUUCUACAACAGAAAACAUUAAAGGAAUAGUUUUACAUUUGGGGAGAUCUGAUAUGUGUCAGCAGUGAAGAAAUCGUUGUUGCACUUUUUUUUGCAAAUCAAACAAAUGAGAUAUAAAAUGUUAAUAAGUGAUCAUAAGAGGUGCUGGAGAGAGCCAGGUAAGCUGUUUACCCCUUUUGCCAGUCUUUAUGGCAAUGGUUAAAUCCAACUAAGUGCAUUUACUCAAGUACUGUACUUAAGUAAAAACUCAAGGUAAUUGUACUUAAAAUCAUAAAUGUAAACCAUUUUUCAAUAACUAAAAUUGUCAUGAAGACACAGGUGGUAGAAGCAAACCUAAUUAAAGACAAUUUGUUCAGACAAAAA